UCGGUGGGGACGGAGAACAAGGGGUUUGUGUAGUGUUGUGUUUGCCCGCAAAAGCGUUAAUAUUGAAAAACAGGCCCGAAAGCAGGAGCAGCAGCAGUGGUGGUGAAACAAGCGAAGAAGCCGCGCCUCGUUUGUUUCUGUUGUUUCCCGGCGGAGGAGGCAGCUCUCGGUGUCGCCAGGAACAUCGCCCCGGUCUGACAGGGAGCUUGGCAGGGAACAAUGCCUGGCAAAGCCGCGGUAGCAGUGGCGCUUCAACCCAGUAGUAACGUCGUUACAGUGGCUCCGCAGAAGUCUUUCCCUUUCGUGUUGAAGAAGAUUAUGGACAUCCCCCCUCCAAACAUCCUAGAGGAAGGCGACGACGAAAUAGAGAAGGAGAAGCUGUGCUCAUCUGAGGAUGUGGAGGGAGGAGGGGCUGGGGCAGCCAGUGCUGGUGGAGGCUCUAGAGGAGGAGGUGGUGGCGGCGGUGGUGGUGGUGGGGGGGUAUCAGCCUCCCUGACCCCAGCCAUUUGGGAGAAGACCAUUCCCUAUGAUGGGGAGACUUUCCACCUGGAAUACAUGGACCUGGAUGAGUUCCUCCUGGAAAACGGGAUCCCUGUGAGUCUGGAGGAGGAGGCGCUGCAGAAGACUCUGACCUCAGUGGAAGGCAAAGGCAAAUCCAUUCCCAAGGUUGCAUCUUCAGUUACCACCACCAAUACUACUACUACUACUACUACUCCUCCUUCUGUCACUGCAGUCUCUGUCUCUGCCUCGGCAUCUUCCCCAUCUGCAUCUUCCCCAUCUGCCUCGGCCACCUCUACAGUCACCUCAGAACCAGAGGAAACAGUGACAGUCACCACCUUACAACCAGCUAAACUAGAAGAGGAAGAGGAAGAAGAUGAAGAACAAGAAGAGGAAUCUUUGUCUGAGGAGGCAACAGCAGAGGUGAACGUGAAGGAGAAGAAAACAGAUCGCAACUCUGCAGAGCGUAACACACCCUCCCCCAUCGACCCAGACGCAAUUGAGGUGGACAUUAAUUUCCAGCCCGAUCCCACAGACCUGGUCCUGUCCAGUGUGCCAGGAGGAGAGCUGUUCAACCCACGCAAACACAAGUUCUCUGACGAGGAGCUGAAACCGCAGCCCAUGAUCAAGAAGGCCAAGAAAGUGUUUGUUCCUGACGAACAGAAGGAUGAGAAAUACUGGUCCAGGAGAAAGAAGAACAAUCUGGCAGCAAAGCGUUCUCGCGACGCACGGCGACUGAAGGAGAACCAGAUCACGGUGCGUGCCUCCUUCCUGGAACGGGAAAACGCAGCGCUGAGGCAGCAAGUGGCUGAGCUGCGGAAGGACUGUGGCCGCUGCAAGAACAUCCUGGCCCGGUAUGAGGCCAAGUACGGCCCACUGUAAAGAACUCGGAAUAAAAACCCACGAAGAAUCGAGACAAGAGCAGAACUUCCCUCCCUGCAAAAUUCAACACGGACACAAACACCAAGGGAAUCUAAAUGUGCACUUUUGUCUUUGCUGACCUCCAGUCACUGUGCCGAGCUCCAGUUGUUGUUGUUGUUGUUUUUCUUUUCUUUUCUUUUUUUUAACAUGAUGCUGGAGUUUUGGAUACACACUGGCAGGCAGUGAGGCAUGAUGGGAGCGGUGGUCACAGGAAGGCCUGUGGAGAGCGCCUGGCUCCUACACUCAGAGAGAAAGGGGACGGUUGUGGAUACUCCCAUGGUCACACACACGUGGAAAAUAUGGUCUGUCUCAAGACGGUUUCAGGAAAGUCAGGAAAUAUGAAAAGAGCAGGCUGGUACAAAAGAAUCACAGGCUUUUAAAUACCACACAGAUCUGUUUUUAUCACUGCAUAGCACUUCUUCCUAGUGGACCAAAGCAUGAGUAACGUCAGAAGUUGUGUAUUUAGAACGGGGCACGCCCGCUGUCCCUCACUUUUCCUUGUGUUGCACUUACGUUUGUGUCUGUGCUUCCUUUAAAAUACUGCAGCUGGGGCUCAGAAAAAAAGAAGGAUGUUUAUUAACUCAUGGCAGAGUAGGAGAGGGACAGAUGAAUACAGGGAUAAAGGAGCAGCAGAGGCAGAUUCACAUUGCACUUCCAGCCUGAAGAAAAAGGAAUCAGAGACCUCAGUUUGCCACUGAAGAGUUUAAUACUGGUGUGAUUCAGUCACAGUCACAGUUAAUUCCUUCUUGUAACCCACAUGCACACCUGUGCACACACACAAAAAAAGAAAAAAACCCAAUUUGUAUAUAUAGUCACAUUCCUGUACCACAUAAAUAUGUGUGUAUCAGUGUGUAAUUCAUUUUUGCACUUUUUCUCAAAAAAGAAAACAACACAUUGUGUAAAGAUUAUAGUGGUGGCAGGUGUCUACCUUAUUCACCACGACCACAGUGGGAGACACAGCAGCUUACAAAGGAAAAAAAAACAUGCAUGACCUACAGUUUUAAGCUACUGUAAUGUAGUUUGCUUUUCUACUAACCUCAGAUCAGCUUCCAGAGCCUCUCACAAUAUUUUAUUAAAGAAGUCAGAUUUUGGGUUUUCUUAAAAGACGGUGGUUUUACAACUGGAGAAAGAGCAGCAGUUUCUUUUCCUUUCCUGUAGAUUACUGCUGUCAAAGGCACGGCAACGUCUGAAGAUGUCCAGGGCCCUCACCGGUGGAGGGGUAUGUUCAUAUGUAGGGAUGUUUAUUUUACUGCACACUGCAAGUAGAGGGCGCUAGAGCCACUACCUGUCUGCUCAUGGUGUAGUGACGGCUGGAUUGACUUGUAUUUUUUUAAAUUUAGCCAGGCCCAAAAUCGACUGCUUCUAAACCUUGUAAUUAAAUGAUUGUCUCAUGGUCUUUAUUUCCUAAGACAGGGAUUAUGACUGUGUCUUUAUUAACCCAAUACUAUAACUUAUAUAUUUGCCAAAUAGUCAAUGAGUGCUGUAUUUAUUCUGAUGGUAAUAAUGCAUCUGUUGAUUGUGAUGUACAACAACAUGUCAGAUAAUUCUAUUUCCUCUGAGAAACAAUACUUAUAAUGAAACCAAUGACUAAGCAGGGAAUUCAAUGGGUAAACUGUGCUUUUUGGAUGUUUAUUUUAAAAACAGAUUUAUACAAUUAUAUGGAUUUUUUUUCUCUAUACAUGCAUACAUACAGUAUGUGUCUGAACCCACGGGACAGGGCACAUUCUUAUUUACCUCAUCCAACACUUCCUAUUUUGAAUGGGUAAAGGUGUAGUAGGGCUACAGAGUGGUGUUGGUUGAAGCAGAGAGCACAUUAAAAGCAGCUUAGCUCCAUUUGGCAAAACCUUGAGUCCGAGUUGACAAAUUGAGUUCUUUUUGCCAAAGUGGCCGAGUCUGUGUUUAAAUUAAUAAAUACAUUAGACUGUUAUGGGAAACUCAAUCUCAAGUGUCUUUGACUGAUGCAGAUUUUGUGAUCGGUCAGCUUGAGCUCAUAAUCGCCAUAAUCUUGGAAAGAAAAUAAAUGUGGCAAUAAUACUCUGUUAUGUAAUGCUCGUUUAAUUUCAGUGAUGAUGUUGUCUGUAAAAUUGCUAUGAUGUACUAAAUAGAAAUGCCCCAAAGUCAUCUGUGCUUCCAGUUUAGAUCCUCUGUAGUCUAGGAUCCUAAUGCAUGAAACCCAGUAAACUUGUCUUUUUUUUGUUUUCCUUGACUAUUUUACACCAAGUGUACUUACGUCUGUAAACCAUCACUGAAAACCAGAUAUGUUUUUGGAUGGGUGGGUCGAUGAUCUGUUGUACAGUUCUGUCAAAAGGAAAAGCAGAACAUCUUAGCUAUGAUGUCUUGUGUUUAUAGCUUGCAUAAUAGCGCCACCCAUCCUUGUGCAGCCAGUGCUUGACCUUGGGGUGACCAUCAGCUGAAAGCAGCAUCUUUUGAUCACUGUGUGGAUUGUUUUCUAUUUACUUAAGAUUGAUCUAUAUCUAGAUACACUGGAUCAGUUGGUGCUUUUGUGUUUUCUUGAUAGUUCUUGUGUUUGUUUCGGUUUUCCUGAUGAUGUAGUAUAACAGGCAUUUUUAAAGCAGCGUGUUCUUAUUUUGCAUUGACAUUCAAACUUGACAUUGACUGCAUUUUGCUGUUUAUACAUCAAUGUAGUUGAUGAAUGCAAACUUUUAGUUAUUUUGUAACUAAAUUCCAAUGUUCUGCGUAAGGCUGACCGAAGGUACUGGCCAAGAAAGCCUUUUUGGAAAGGCAAUAAAUCCAGAUGUUUUAUAGUACAGCAUACAAUAUGUAGCAAUCUCUUUUUUUUGUGAUGCAAAGCGCCUCCGGAAACUGGCAGGUAACUGUUGCUCAUUAACAUUCAGCAGGUUGCAGAUACUCCAGUUCCACACACGCCAACCUGCAACGUCAAUAGGGAAUUAAAAUAACAGUAUCAGUGGUUUAGACCUGCAGGUUUAGAAGUGUGUUCCCACCUACAGACAAAGUCACAGCUACUGCACUUCUGCAUGUUUGUCAGGUGUCUUGAAAUUGCAUUUUUUUCCCUUCAUAGCAGCUGUUUUUCCUUGUUAGUUGCAUGCUGUUACAACUGCAGUUGUAACAGCAUGCCUGCAGGUGGCGCACAUAUUUAAGUGCUGUUGUUUUCUUUGUGUGUAGAUGGCAUAAAUGAGCACAUCUGAUGGACUAAAUUGCCGUUUUCAGGGUCUGGUCUAAAACUGUUGGCACUGGCUCCAGGUGCUUUGCAUCACUGACACUAUGUCCUUGUUUGUUAGUCAAAGUAGCUACAAUAUUCCUGGAAAAAAAAUUUAAACGUCUUUGCUGAAAACAUUUUUAAAGUUUUGUUUUGUGGUGUUUUGCUUUAUUUUUCUCUCUUUUUAUAUAAACAUAUGUUUUUGUUGGAUGUUUUUGUAUUGUCUUAACCAUGUAUAGGAUACAUGCAACUGCAGUGCCAUGUCCUAACUGUAUCUUGUAUCAUGUAUAUGAAAUAAAUUGGGAUUUAAUGACA